UUAAUAAGACUCCAGUAAAUUAGGAUGGGUUUAUUUCUGGAAGUAAAUAUCCGGAUUAGACCAGAUAGCCUAAUUUGGACGAACAUUCUGGAAGAACGUUUGUUCAACUUUGAAAGAACAUUGCCAGAACGUUCCCUGUUAGCGGCGAAACACCAUAUUAAAUGCUAAAAACAACUAUGAAACAGAAAUCAAUUCAUAAAACAAAAACAUAAAAAGACAACAAAUUAACAUAUCAAAUCAUUAUUUAAGUCAAUAAAAAAGAGUGGUCAUUCUAUAGCCUCCUCCAGUUUUCACUGGAUGUUCAACAAUCACAUUAUCAUUAGACUGAGUUUAUCGUCACUCAGGCAUUUAAUAAUUGAUUAAAGAUUAAAAUCCCAAAGGCCUCAGAAGCCUGAAUAACUGCAAAGUUUAAUGGAGCCUGAAAACACGAGGUUGCGCAUCUGAGCGUGCGUUCGCGUUUAUAUACAGAGCUGAUGUGAACGCGCGCGACACAACGACCCGCGGCCUCGCGCACGAUGGACAGGACGGACGCGGAGACGGACAGACAGACGUGAGAGAGACAGACAUGUCUGAGGUGCUGACGGUGGACGCCAUCCUCUUCGGCCUGCUGGUCUUCUCUGGCAUCAUAGGGAACAUUCUGGUCAUCUAUGUGGUGUUUCAGUGCUCUAAGGAAAGCUCCUCUCGUCACUUGCCGCCAUCCGACACCAUCCUGGUCAACCUGUGCAUGGCGAACCUGCUGACGUCGGUCUUCCGGACGGUGCCGAUCUUCGUGUCGGAUCUGGGUCUGGAGGUGUGGCUGUCGUCCGGCUGGUGCCGCGUCUUCAUGCUGCUGUGGGUGUGGUGGCGGGCGGUGGGCUGCUGGGUCACGCUGGCCCUCAGCGGCUUCCACUGCGCCACCCUGCGGCGGCAGCACGUCUCCAUGGGUCCGCAGGGUCAGCGGCAGGAGCGUCUGCGCGUCUGGGCGCUCCUGGCCGGCGUGUGGGCCGUCAACCUGCUCUUCUCCCUCCCGGCGCUGGUCUACACCACCCACGUGCGCGGAAACGCCACGGUGGAGCUGAUGGUGAUCAGCUGCACCACGCGCCCCCUGCUGGGCUGUGUGUGGGAGUUUCCCACCGACCAGCAGGGCUACGCCUUCGCCUCCACGUCGCUGGCGCUCAACGAGGUCAUGCCGCUGAUCCUGAUGGUGGGCACCAACCUGGCGACGCUGCACGCGCUGGCCAAGCACAUCCGGGCGGUGGCCGCCGCCGGCUCCGCCGAGCUGCACGUGUCCAGCGAGAGGAAGGCGGGUCACGUGAUCAUGGCUCUAGUGGCGCUGUUCGUGGGCUGCUGGGUGCUGCAGGUCGCCGCCGUCACCUACUACAACCACAACGGCGGGAAGCACAAGGAGGGACUGCUGACCGUGGCGCACUUCUCGGCCUCGCUCUUCGUGGGCUUCAGUCCGCUGGUGGUGGCGCUCGGACACGGGAAACUGCGGCGGAGGAUCGGCGGGAUUCUGCAGCGGUGGGCGCGCUGGAUCAAACGGCCCGAGGAGAAACGCUCGGACAACAGCAGACAGACGGCGGAGACGGUCGUGAAAACAGCACAGAGCACAAAAAAGUGACCCACGCGAACCGGUAAGAGUGAAUUGAGCACACGCCGAACGCUUCAACCGAUCUAGGGCUGUUCGUGAUGUCUGGACACAGAUUCAUAGAUGCGCUUAUAUAAGAGAGCAAAUAUGAGGUGAUGAGUAUGGAAGCCCACAUUAGAAAAAAAUCAUGCUUCAGUAAAUCAUAAUUCAAUUCAAAUCAUAAUUUUAUCUCAUAAUAUAAAAUAUAAAA